AUGGUCAACAAGUAUCUUCUUCCUGACCCGUCCUUUCGCGGCAAUAUGCAGACGGAUACAAAUGAUCAUCAGGGGGCCAGUACAGAGCAAUUCGACGCGGCACAGACCAUGGCAAACUCUGCGACGAUGGACAACAGGCAGAGAGUUAAGAGCGAGGCUACCACAGAAUACGAGUUCUCGGAUAUUUACUCUGUCCCAGAAGCAUUUCCUAGAAAGGAACCUAGCCCCAAAGCUCCUGAUUCUUCAACCUAUAUGGGGGCGUCAGAGGAAAAGACUCUUCCCCCUCCUCCGAACAAUGCUAAAGCUCGAGUCCGGGUUGACGAAACCAAUGGGGCCACAUCAGUUGACGCUGACAUAUCCUCUGGAUUAUCUUACUCCUCUCAGGAACCGAUUCUGAGAACCAUGGCUUCCUCUCUGGGCCUUGAUAUGACUGAAUUCAGUGCGAUCCUUGUCGACAAGUAUCAGAUAGCCCAAAGUAGGUUCCCAUUAGAAAACGUGGGAUGGCAAAAGUGGUGGGCCGAGUCCCUGAUGUGGGAGAUCUAUUUCAAGGAUAGUCCAUUCCCUGGGAAGGAGCCUCAACGGCUAUAUCCCCUUCGAUCAUCUACCCCUCCUGCAGGGUCAAGAGGUCUUAGUAGUUCUGGAAAUAGAUGGACUGAGAUUUCAAACCCUUCAAAUAACUUCCAUCCUUGGGCGGCAAGAAAGGCGGUAAGAAAGGUGGCAACAUCUGCUAACGCGGUCCCAUUAAGUUACGGUGGCCUGCCACAGUCAAUUUCAUCGAAUCAACAAAACAAUAUCAGAAAUGCCCAAGUCCUCAGACCACUUUCUCAAGGAUACCGUACCGUGGAGAGACUUAUGGAAAAGAUGGCAAUAUCGCGUGACAUCCGACGAUCGUUCUUUCAGUUCUUGCAAAAGCAGAGAGACAUGGCAAAGUCUCAACAUGGAGAGUGCAGUAGCCAGUAUAGGCAUUGGCUAGCAGAUUCAUUAACUUGGAAACAAUUCUUUAGCAAGGACCCGUUUCCCGGAGAGGAGCCAGUUGGGCCUGGCAUACACUCAAAUCGUUGCCGUAAUAAAGUCGUUACUGCUGCUAAACCUGAUCCAGAGAUUCCUCAGGGUCAAUUGCAGAUGCUGAGUAGCAAUGAUUUUUGCAUCACAGUCAACAAUCAUAUGGAACUCUACUCGGCCGAGGUUGGCAAAUCGCUCUUUGACGCAUUUUCAAAAAUGCAACCAUGGACGAAGGACAGGCUUGAGAAAGAGUUAGGGUGCAAGCUCUUGUCUCGUCGAAUUGAGACAGAGGUUUCACGAUUCACAGGAAACGUUGUCUUACAGAGUGUGCCAUAUAUCCUGGGCGAUCAAGCCUCAGAGGAGCGUGGCAACCAGUUCUUAAGAAAAUGGCUCAGGGAAGCAUAUAUUGCGGAAACUAACGGAUGUCAACUUUCCUUAAUGAAUCUGUGGAAAGAAUCUACUGAUCCUGCUUGCAAAACAGAUAGCAAACCCGCAAAUAGGGUUACGUUCAAUGGGAAGUGUGUGCACUUGGCGUCCGACAGACUUGAGCGCAUUUGCGAUUCCUUUUCAAAGGACAUAAUUGGUAGAGGCAAAGUUGAAAAGCUGCUGGACUGUUACUUCACCACCACUUCAUCAGAGAGGGAUCACAGUGAUAUAACAUUGACAGUCAAAACUCCAAGACUGAUCAAAUCCUCGGGAGAUAUAGCAGCGGUAGAGCGCAGGGCAUAUGACUUCCUCGACGCUUGGAUCCAGAGGGUGAAAUCAAUUUCUAAUCAGGAGACCCAGACUCCUUCAAUCUACCAAUACUGGGAGGAAUACAAUGACCUUGUCGGAACUGAUUCGCCACCCCGGCUUGGUCUCGUGAUUCACGAGACCUACUUUUUCGACAAGCACUGUUCCCUUUCCACUUUAAAGAAUCUGUCUUAUUCAUUUACGAUAGAUGACCGAAAGCCAACAAUCGAGCAGUUGUUCCAGUGUCAAAUUGCUCUAUCUGAGAGAGAUGUCAAGGAAGGAACCGGACUAAAACUGAAGCUGAUCCCUUUUCCAGGCGCAGAUACGGUGAUCCUGAAGAAAGCGGGUAGGUUCUUGUACUCUUGGGCCCUAAAAGCUCUCCAAGAGAAUCCAAUCAAGAUUUCCGCAUACUGGGAGAGUUUGAAUGGCGCUAAGCUCGAAGAUGGAAAUCAACAUGUCCUGCCUAUUCCUCACUUAGAUCAGCCAAUUCAUCCAGUGAAACAAGCAAUCAGUGAAGACGGCGAGCCAGACUCUCACAUCACCGAGGGUUUAGCCAGGGAAAUUGUUGGAGGUCCUUUCAGUCCCAUACUUCUUCCCAAGUCUGAAUUUCCACUCGGCAAUCCUGAAGACUGUUGGGAGAAGUAUGCAAAGGUCCAUAAUGCCACAGAUACGGAUCGGCUUCUUAUCGAAGAGCAAGCCAAGCUGGAGGGCCCACUACGUGUAGUUUACGACGAAACCACGGCUCAGGUGGUGAGCUUGGAGGAAUUUGCCGAAAGAACCAGACUGAGAAUCAUCAAGUCUAUCAAGUUAGAUACCCCAAAGGUUAAACCCGCUGGCCCUGUGGUGGAUCAAGUCCAACGUUCAGAAGAUGUUGCACCUUCGGAAGUCGAAAUUCAUACCAUGGGACUAAAGCGCAAGUCUGAGGAUAGUGAAGGAGAGGAUGGCGUGGAGAAGAAACCCCGUUUGCAAAUGUAGGGAUUCUAGAAUUUAGGAGUGGAAUCUGGGGAUUUGGGGGUUUAAGGGUUUGGGGAUUUGGGUAUGGGCUGGGUGGGGACUGGUGGGUGCCGAAAUGACAAUGGCAAUGGCAAUGAUACAUAUC